AGCAAACGAGUGUUCAGUUGCCACACGAAAGCUUAAUUUCUGUCCGAGAGGUGCUGCUUGCGAUUUUGUUGCUGUCGUUUAAUGUAUGGGUUGCUUCGGAUGUUCAGUUUGCUAGCUUUCGGACUCGCUAGAUUUUAGCUUUCAAUAUUGCUAACUUGAUGACAAGAGCUUGGUGGAAACUUUUGAUGAAGUUCAUUAGCUGUUCACUAGCUGUAGCUAGCUAAGUUAGCUAAACAUGUCAUGCGGUUAUUGUGUACGUGCAGCAUGCAUUUCGGUACAUCAGAAUGCUAUGACGUAUAUUCAGCAUCUAAGAACGGUGCAACAGUACGGUGCGGGUACAUGGGGUGACAAGUGACAAGACGCAGUCAUUUCUCAAACUACAAGAUCGCGAAACUGGGUCUGAAAGAAGCGCUCAGGUCCUAAAUUAAGUGAUAAAUGAUAGCUUGUCAGCCGUAGGUAGAUAGAUCAAUUUAUUAUGAUGGACGACAUUAAAGGAAAGAUUAAAGACAAUCUGAAGCAACACGAAAUCGGAAGCACAUUUUCAUAUCUACCGGUUUUGCCAAAAGCUUCAGUGCUGAUACCAUUAUUUGUGAAAAAAGGAGAAAUCCAUGUACUCAUGACACUUCGUUCAUUGCAGCUGAAAAGCAAUGCUGGGGAGGUGUGCUUUCCAGGUGGCAAGUAUGACCCAAGGGACCGUGACGAGAUAGACACUGCUCUCAGGGAAGCUGAGGAAGAAAUAGGCCUCACUCCAGAUAAGGUGGAGGUUGUUUGCAAGCUUUUCCCGAUAAUAAAUAAGAGCGGCCUUUUGGUGACCCCGGUGGUCGCCUUCAUCGAGGACUUGUUCGAAGCUCAGCCCAACCCAGCGGAAGUGAGCGACGUCUUCUCCGUACCGCUGGAAUACUUCUUGGGCCAGGCAGGCCAUUCCUCUUACACUGUGCCUGGUUUCAGUGGGAAAGUUCACAACUUCCUGUACCAGGAUUUGCAGUCGGGAAAGGUGCACCAGAUAUGGGGACUGACAGCCGUGCUGGCGAUAGUUGUCGCUGCUCUAGCUCUCAGAAAAAAGCCGUCCUUUGAAACUGGCUUUGAUACUGACAACCCACUCCCCCACUUCCAGCGCAAUCUUAAUUUGCGCAUCAGCAAGCUGUGAUUGGCUUCAUGGGGGCAUGUACGU